AUGGCCACCGGUUCGGCCGCCUGGCCCACAGUAUCAGACUUUACGUUUGAUCUGUCCGAGCGCCUCCGCGCCGCCGCACGCUCCAGCCUCGCCGAGCUCGAGGCAAGCAUCAACCGCGACGGAUACGACUGGCUUGAAGACUAUAUCGACAACAUCCAGGUGCAGGGCCGCAGGGCACCCAUCGCCGACCUCAUCAAGACCCCCUCGCGUACCGCGACGGCCAAGAAGACCCGUGGCGCUACUACUGCCCAGAAGACUCGCCAGGAGCAGAUCCGUCUCUUCAACGCUCAACUCUCCCCACUUGCUGCCAAGUCUCCCGACGUUGGUCGCCAGCCGUUCUCGCCACUGCAGGUCCAGUCGCUCAACGCUUUGACGCAGUCACCAACACCGCGCUCGCCGCUCGUUCCCAAGGGCGCCGCAACGCUCAAGCCGGCGGCCAAGUCCAAGCCCACCAGGGCGACCAAGGCUGCCGCUGAUGAAGCCCCCAAGGCAGAGCCCAAGAAGCGCGGCAGGCCCAAGAAGAAGGCCGAUAGCUUGAAGGAGAACGAGAGCGUGCCUUCGACGCCUUCGUCGUCACGCCAGCUCCGUGGCCCAGCCCCCAAGGCGGUCUCCCCUGUUCCUACGCCCGUCAAGUCGCCUGUCAAGAAGGUUGCACGCAGCCCCCUCAAGGAGAUUCACUUGCCCGUACCCGAGCCUGAGCCUGAGCCGAUGGAGAUUGAGGAGGAGGAGGAGCAGGAAGAGGAGCAGGAAGAAGAAGAGGAGGAAGAGGAGGAGCAGGAAGAGGUUAUUGAACAAGUUGAAGAGGUUGACGAGCCCAUCGAAAUCGACGAGCCCAUCGAGGUCGACGAGGAUGAAGACGAGCUGGACGACUCGAUCAUUGAAAUCCAGCAACCCGUGUUCAAGCCCACCCCUUCCAAGCUUCCUCUUAAGAGCAAGCUUCCAACCAAGCUUCCUGUUAUGGCGCGGUCACCCCUCAGGGAGGCAUCGCCUAGUCCAGUCAAGGCCAGGUCGCCUAUCAAGGCGAUCUCUCCCGUCAAAACUGCUUCACCCGCCAAGGCCAGCUCACCAGUCAAACAGAGCUCCCCGAUCAAGGCCGGCUCCCCCGCCAAAUCGCCUGCCAAGUCGCCUGUCAAGGACUCAGCUUCGGUGCCCACGCGCCAGGUUCGCUCUUCAUGGCUCAGCCAGGCUCUCGGCACCCGCACCGUUCCCAUCAACCAUGGCGAAGGCUCGAGCACUGGCACCUACCGCAAGUCGGUAGCCAGCAACUCCCAGCGUACCAGUUCCCAGUUCCAGCGCACAAGCUCCCAGUUCGACGCUCUUCACAAGAGCACCGGGCCCGGCGCACUCAAGCGCAAGUCGGAAGCCGCCGAGGAGAUGGAAGAGGAGGAUGUCUCCAGGCCCGUCGACAAGGACUCGAAGCGCGCCGAGAAGAUGGCUCGUUUCGACCACAACGCAGCCACAGACGCUGCCACUGGGCAGCCUGCUUCCCCUGUUCGCAGCGCCGUGUUCGCGUCCCGAGCCCCCGGAUCAGCCACUUCACUCCCUGCUCCCCAUGCUACAACCACUCCUGCCGCAUCAACUACUCGCCCAACGGCCACUUCUGUUCCUCAAGAGGCGCGGGCCCGUCACGACAAGGUCACCCGUGCUCUCGACGAACUCCGUGAGCGUACUGCUGCUGCCGCUGCCAAGCAGAAGAGCCACGCAGCGUCUCGCCUCUCGACAUCGGCGCCAAAGGCUGCUACCACCGCCGUCGUUCCCACGGCCGCUCUCACUGCCAACACUUCUUCCAGCACCAGUCUUGGCGCAGGCUUCCUCCGCGGGCUGGGCAACUUUAGCUCUGGCAUUUUCGGCCUCUCUGCCGAAGAUGAAGCUGCUCGUCUCCACCGCGAGGCCGAGGACCGUCGUGCCCAGGAGCAGGCUGAGGCCGAGCUUGCCCGUAUCAUGCGCGACAUGGCCGACGAGGAGCGCAAGACCGGAGUCAAGCACGUCCCUGUUUCUGAGUCUGUCGAUGAGGCCAACGACAUGGCUAUUGUGGUCGACGAUGACGAUGACGACGACGAAGAGUCUGUCAACGACUCGAUUACCCUUCCCGAGCUGCCCGAACCUGACUUUGGUGACGACUACGACGCGCUCCCUGUGGAAGAGGGCCCCGCGUCAGCUCUCGGUGCCCGCGGCAUCGACAUUGACUUUGAAUCGACCACGCCCCCUUGCUCGCCUCCUCCACGUGCUGUCCGCUCCAUCCGUGCUCCCGAGAUUGUCAUCUCGCCGCCUCCCAGGGCCAAGGCCUCAGUGGCCAAGGUGUCAGCAAAGACAACCAUGACUGCUCCUGUCCGCACCAAGUUUGAGCCUGUCCGCCCGCCGACUGCCUCGUCCAACGAGGACGACGACGCCGACGAUGAGGACAUGCUCGACGAUGACAUGCCCAUGACCAAGGGCAAGCAGCCUCGCUCACGUCUCAUGUCGAGCACGGCCAGCGGCAUGUCGACCUCGACUACCGGCUCCAUGACCAUGUCCCGCUCGAGCACUGGAAUUCUGUCCCAGGCUGAACGUAUGGCCGCCAAGUCUCUCGGCGUCAAGCCGGCUACUGGUGCCGUCAAGAGCGUCCAGCGUGCCGCGGAGGCUGCCAAGAAGGAGCAGGCUGCUGCGGACCGCAAGGCCGCCCUUCGCGAGCAGAUUGAGCGCCGUCGCCUCGAGGACAAGAAGCGCAAGGAGCGUGAGGAGCGCGCCGCCGCCGAAGAGGAGCGUAAGCGCAAGGCCGCCGAAGCCGAGGAGAAGCGUCGUCGCUGGGCCGAGGCGGAGAAGAACCGCAAGGAGCGCGAGGAGCGUAUGGAGCGUCUCCAGAAAGAAAAGGCGGCACGCGAGGAGCGUGAGGCCGCUGAGGCGCGGGCCAAGGCUGCCGAGGAGGAGGCUAUCCGCAAGCGCAAGAUGGCUCUGAACAAGACGCCCACUAUCAAGCGUAUUGGCCAGCCUGCUCCUGCUCCUGGCACUAAGGGCAAGGAACCCCUCCGCCCAGCCAAGUCUGCCACCAACCUGACCGCCAGCGCCAGCUCGUCGCAGGGUGCCGCCGCGUCCAAGAUGGGCCCCACGUCGUUCCGCACCGCCACCGCUGCCGCUGACGAGCACCGUACCCCGACCAUCCAACUCGUCAACCCGACCGGCUCGAGCCGUCCCCUCGGCCCACCCUCGCGUACCUCGCACGCCCCUGCGCCCCAGCACGCUGCUGCCUCGCUCCAGCAAUCGCGCAUGACCCUCCAGGCCCAACUGGAUGCCAAGGCCGCCGAGCAGGCCAGCGAGGACAUUGUCCUCCCCGACAUCGCGUCCGAGUACUCUGACUCGGACGACUCGGACCGCGAGACGGACUUCAAGCGCCCGGCCUGGGCCGAGUCCCCCGAGCUCCGUCACGCACUCGAGCAGCAGGCCCACGUCAACCCCGACGAACUGUUCGGCGCUAUCCGCCCCCUCAACAUGGAGGAGCUGUUCAAGGCCCGCCAGGGCAAGUUCCGCGCGCGUACCUCGUCGGCCAACUGGAGUGGCGCGGACCGCCUCACAGAGCAAGAGGAGAGGGAGUACGCCCGUCGUAUGGGGUUCAAGCCCAUCAAUGCGCCGAGGGAGGGUGGUGGCCAUGCUGGUGACCGCUAG